AUGGCUGGGAUCGCAGCUGGACGCUUAGCAGAAGAGCGCAAGGCAUGGCGCAAAGAUCAUCCUUUCGGGUUCAUAGCGAAACCAGUAAAGAAUCCAGAUGGAACCCUCAAUCUCUUCAACUGGGAAUGUGCCAUACCAGGCAAGAAGGACACGAUAUGGGAAGGCGGCUUGUACAAGAUUCGUAUGCUCUUUAAAGACGACUUCCCUUCAACUCCACCCAAAUGUAAAUUUGAACCACCGUUAUUCCAUCCUAACGUCUAUCCAUCAGGUGGGCUUUGA